AUGCCUCUCGGGGACCCGCAAACCAGCUCUGCUCCAUCCCCGAUGUCUUCACUGGCUGCCGUCGCCGUGAAGCUGCCCCCGUAUUUCGACCGCAACCCAGCUGUGUGGUUUCUCCAAGCUGAGGCGCAAUUUAACUUGGCUGGCAUAACCGCACAACAGACCAAGUUUUACCAUGUCAUUUCUGCCCUUACUCCCUCUGCUGCGAAUGAAGUCUACGACAUACUAGCAAGUCCUUCCCCUUCUACGCCGUAUGACCAGCUAAAGAAGGCUCUUCUCCAGCGAACGACAUUAUCAAGCCGCUCACGCCUGCAACAGCUUCUCUCGACAGAAGAGCUCGGUGAUCGCAGGCCCUCUCAAUUACUGCAGCGCAUGCGACAGCUGCUCGGCGAUCAAUCAGCUUCCGUGGACGAUGACCUUCUGCGUGAGCUCUUUCUUCAGCGACUCCCGCAGAAUGUACAAAUGGUCCUGGCCACAGCGGCUGACAUGACUCUCGACCAGCUGGCCACUCUUGCUGACGCGGUUAUGGAGGUGGCCAAUCCAGCUGUAGCUGCAGUAUUCCCUGCAUUGCCCCCUUCGGAACCUGCCCGACCUCAACCACGCCUGCCCCCGCAGUCCACCAUUGAUGACCUUUGUCGCGAGUUCCGCUCCCUGGCCGCUGUCAUAGCCGCUUGCCACGCGUCAAGACCAGACACCCAUCUCCGACGGCAAAGUCGCGACCGAAGUGGCCGCAGGACAAGACGGUCCCCUUCCACCAACCGUGCCGCCAGCCGAGACCGCAGUCCUGCAAUGUGCUGGUACCACCGCCGCUUCGGUGCUGACGCACACCACUGUUUCCUACCUUGCUCAUGGCAACAACAGGGAAACCAGUCGGCGGACCAUUGA